CAUCGCUGCUGCGGCUCGAAGCGGCGCCAUUUUGGGAUGGACUGACUGGUGCGAGGAGCUGUGCGCGCGGCGGGCGAGAAGAGGCGGCGGCAAAAGGACCUUUCAAAUUCGGGGGUCCCACUUUGUCUGGGAACUUUGCCGGUAAUUCUCUAGUUUUGAACGUCGGGGUUAUUUUUCAUUGCCUCCGAUUAAAUGAGGAAAAGCUUUUUCAAUUGAAAGGACAAUAUUUACUACCAUGGAGUCGAUCUGUUCGGUCACUUUCCACUUCGUGUUUUUCUGAAAUCUUCAGAACCUACUGUAAUCCGGAAAACUUACGAACUUUUGAAAAAUUUUCCCCUUUUCAUUGAAGACGCCUUGGACUAAUUUUUGUCCCUAUGGAAUGGAUAAUUAUAUAAACGUCUUAGGCUCGACAUUUCUUUCAAAAUUCUUUAUUUUUCAGUUCACAGAAUUCAGGAAAAAUUGAGAUUGACUUAUUUUGCCAAUUAUAUUUAGAAAUUAGAUGUAGCUUCUAAUUCUUCUCUUUUUGGUUAUAGUUGAUGGCAACUCUUAUUUAAAUUUUUAGGAGGAUUAAUAUUGCUGCUUGCAGUGAACCCUAUUUCCUACAUGAAGGCAAUGGACUUUAUUUUUCAUUUUCAUUUGUUUUUUAUAUAAAGAAGCAUUAUGGAAAUAUUGAGAUAGCUGCUGUGUGCACAUGCCUGAAUUAACUCUUAGAAAUGCUCCUCAUUUCAGAUGUGGAAUUUGUUCUGUUCUUUAUGUCAUAAAAGGAGUAUUUAUUUUUUUAUAGAGCUGAUGCUCAUUAUCGUGCAAAAUACAUGGAAUAGAAAAGUGAAGAAACUUCAGAAAACAAGCUACUAAAAUCAGACUUGUUUGCUUCAAGAAAUAACUUGGCCAGAGUCCUUAUAUGUGAACAAUGGGUAGCUGAUUUUGGAGAGUCAGCUGUUUGCUAUAGAUGUAGUACUAUUAAGAAGCUCAGGAUAUUUCAAGGGAAGAAAACCUGGAAAACAAAUUGUGAGAAGUCGAUGCCAAUCUCUGCAGUACUCUUGGAUUUUGUUUAUUUUCAACAGAAUCCAGUGCUACCUCAUAUAAGAUGGACAAAGCAAUCUAAUUCAGAAGUAUUGUCAUGAGGUGUUGAAGCCUUGUUUCAUUGAUUGGGAGACUGGACCUAAAUGGCGCAGCAUGACUUUGCUCCAGCCUGGCUUAAUUUUCCUACUCCACCACCACCAUCAAAGUCAUCAUUGAAUUUUGAGAAACAUUCCAGCACCUUUUCAUGGACAGAAAAUCGUUAUGAAGUUAAUCGUAGACGACAUAACUCUUCUGAUGGAUUGGAUCCUAGUUGUGGCCAUUCAAAUGGAGGGCAUUCAGGAAGAAAAGAAAGAAAUGGUUGGCGUUCACAAGGCAGAAAUGGAACAGAAAAUUUAAACUAUAGAGCAGGAUACCAUAAUGGAAGUUCACGUGCUCGCACCAGGAGCUUUCAGUCUGGUAAAAGCCAAGGGUCACAGGAAAACAAAGCAUCUGAAUGUGAGACUCUGAAAAAGACAGGCAAGGAAGAACCCAAACAAUUUGAAGCUGAAGAUUUUCCAUCCCUGAAUCCUGAACAUGAGAGAGAACCAAACCAGAAUAAAUCGUUAGCUGAAGGUGUUUGGGGUAAGAGCAUUAAGAUAUUAUUUUAUAUUAUACAAACCAUAUUAACUAAUUUCUUAGCAUGUGCCUCUGAAGUAAUACUUGUAACUUGGGAUUUUGGAUUGCAGUACUGCCUUAUGUUUAAAGUAAACAUUUCAUUGUACUGGAGUAGGUAUGCAUGUAUGUGU